AUGCCGUAUUACACCCAUACAUCAUACUACCAGCACCAGCCUCCUGUGUCCCCUAGGCACUGCUGCUCAGAGAAGGAGGAACCUGGGGGCCACAUCCCCCCACUGGAGGUGUCCGAGGGUGAAGAGGAGGACUGCGGAGACCAUGUCCCCUUUUGGGGAGACUCCAGUGAGUGCUGACCGACUUAAUUAAUUACUUAAUAACCUAAUUAAUAAAUUACUCAGUUAAUGACUUACUCACUGACUGACUUAAUCCUUUUCAUUCCAUUGUGAAACAUAAGGCCUCCGUGUGAGAAUGAGUACAGUAGUAUUACAGGGGAGAAAUCUGCACGGUGGCUAUUACAUACAGGGAUCACACGCUUGCUAAUAGCCUUUCACAUAAUCCAACAAUAGCCAUUGAAAUUAAUUAAUUCUGCCAUUACGAAAUUAAUGUCAAAACUCUUUCGUAUCUCUCUAUCCAGGUAACAAGAGGAAGCACCGCCUGUACCAGUUUCUCCUGGAUCUGCUGAGGAAAGGAGACAUGAAGGACAGCGUGUGGUGGGCGGACAGAGAGAAAGGAAUCUUCCAGUUCUCCUCUAAACACAAGGAGACCCUGGCCAAUCGCUGGGGCACACAGAAAGGAAACAGGAAGAGGAUGACCUAUCAGAAGAUGGCCAGGGCCCUGCGGAACUACGGCAAAACGGGAGAGAUCAAAAAGGUCAAGAAGAAACUGACCUACCAGUUCAGUCCGGAGGUACUGAGGAAAGUCUUGACUACAGAGAGGAGGCACUACCCUCACUAG